AUGUUGUCCCUACAUAUCCUUAUUCUGUGUCUAAUUUUUCCAUUAGUUUUGCUCUUCCUGAGACGUAGAAAAACCAUGAAAGCCCCUCAUCCACCUGGUCCUAGAGGCUUGCCAUUAAUAGGGAACCUUCACCAGCUAGACAAUUCUAUUCUUUAUCUACAAUUUUCAAAACUCUCAAAAAUAUAUGGACCAUUAUUUUCAGUUAAACUUGGUUUAAGACCAGCUAUUGUUGUUUCUUCAGCUGAAAUUGCCAAAGAAAUAUUCAAAAACAAUGAUCUUGUGUUUUCUAAUAGACCUGUGUUAUAUGGUCAACAAAAACUAUCUUAUAAUGGGUCAGAAAUGGCAUUUUCUCCAUAUAGUGAUUUUUGGAGAGAUAUAAGAAAACUUUGUGUUAUUCAUAUAUUUAGUGCCAAGCGUGUGUCAUCUUAUAACUCUAUAAGAAAGUUUGAGGUGAAACAAAUGAUCAAAAAGAUUUCUAAUCAUGCUGCUUCUUCAACUGUUACAAAUUUGAGUGAGAUGGUAACAUCUCUCACAUGUACAAUAAUUUGUAGGAUUGCUUUUGGGAGGAGGUACGAGGAUGAAGGAAUAGAGAGGAGUAAAUUCCAUGGGAUGCUGCAUGAGUUUGAGGCUAUGUUGACAGCUUUCUUUGUUUCUGAUUAUAUUCCAUUCAUGGGUUGGAUUGAUAAACUAUCGGGACUUCGUGCGCGUCUGGAACGAAACCUCAAGGAGAUGGAUGAGUUUUACCAAGAGGUUAUAGAUGAACAUUUGGAUCCAAAUAGAAAACAUGGAGAUGAGGAGGUUAUUGUUGAUGUCUUGCUCCAAUUGAAGAAAGAACGUUUGUUUUCUAUUGAUCUCACUUUUGAUCAUAUCAAAGGAGUCCUCAUGGACAUGCUUGUAGGUGCAACGGAUAUUACAUCAGCGACAGCAGUUUGGGCCAUGACCGCGCUAAUAAAAAACCCAAGAGUAUUGAAAAAAUUACAAGAAGAGAUUAGAAAUUCAAAAUUUGAAAAAGAUUUUUUGAAUGAAGAUGAUAUACAAAAUUUCUCCUACUUGAAGGCUGUGAUAAAAGAGACAUUAAGAUUGUAUCUACCAGGUCCAUUACUUGUACCAAGAGAAUCAAGAGAAGAGUGCAUCAUAGGUGGUUAUCAAAUUCCUGCAAAGACUAUAGUGUUUGUGAAUGCUUGGGCUAUUCAUAGAGAUGCCGACGUUUGGAAAGAUCCUGAAGAAUUUUUUCCGGAGAGAUUCUUAGAAAGUUCUAUAAAUUUUUAUGGACAAGAUUUUGAACUAAUUCCCUUUGGAGCUGGUCGUAGAAUAUGUCCAGGUAUUUCCAUGGCAGUUGCAUCAUUGGAACUCAUCCUUGCUAAUCUUCUAUAUUCCUUUGAUUGGGAAUUGCCACAUGGAUUACGAAAGGAAGAUAUUGAUACUGAAAGGAGCCCGGGGCUCACUCAACACAAAAAGAAUCAUCUUUGCCUUCAUGCCAAAAUUCCAAUAUAG